AUGAGCAGCUUGUCCCCGCAGGACUCGGGGCCGGCCCGCCUGACCCUCUGGGAAGAAGAGGGCUUCCAGGGUCGCCGCUACGAGCUGAUCGGAGACUGUCCCAGCAUGCAGGAACACAGUGGUUUUCGUAGGGUCCGCUCCGUCAAGGUGGAGAGUGGCGCCUGGGUGGGCUUCGAGCACCCGGAUUUCCAGGGCCAACAGUUUAUCCUGGAGAGGGGCGACUACCCGUGCUGGUUGGCCUGGAGUGGAAGCAGCGGCUACCACACUGACAAAUUGCUCUCGUUCCGGCUCCUGCAAUGUGCGAACCACAGUGACAGCCGAGUGACGUUGUUUGAGCGGGAGAACUUCCAGGGUGGCAAGUUUGAGUUGAGGGAUGACUACCCAUCUCUGCCCGCCAUGGGCUGGCCCAGCGGCGUUGUAGGCUCCCUCAUGGUCAGCUCCGGAGCGUGGGUGGCCUAUCAAUACCCUGGCUACCGUGGCUUCCAGUACAUCCUGGAGAAGGCUCGCCAUGGAGGAGAAUUCCGCAAAUACAGCGAGCUGGGGACUCAGGCCUCCACGGGACAAAUCCAGUCCAUCCGCAGGAUCCAACAGUAACGCCUCACCCAUGGGGGGUCCACCCCCGACCCCCAACCACCCCUCUUCUGACCCAAAAUAAAUU